AUGACUCUGGAGUACAAAACUGGGCAAAGGGGGCAGACACCCAUCACCCAUCCCUCACUCUCCACCAUUCAGGUGAUCUGCGGCCAAGAAGAACCAGGGAAAGGUGCAGAGCAACCCAAGACCCAGGAGAGAGCUGAAACGCAGAAGAUGAGAGGGCUGCUCUCACCAAAGUCCUUCUUAACCCCGACCUUACUGCAGAACAUGACUCUCCUGGAGCUGGUGAGCAGCUCACGGGAGCUAUGGGAUAUCCUGGACAACCUGUCCGAGCGGGACCACGCUCCACACCCCAGGGGACAGCGGGACUUGGGGCCAGCCUCAGGCAAGCUUAAAAAAAUUUUUGGCUGGGGAGAUUUCUAUUCCAAUAUCAAGACAGUGAAGUUGAACCUCUUGAUCACCGGGAAGGUGGUUGAUCACGGCAAUGGCACGGUCAACGUCUUCUUCCGACACAACUCUACCGGGCAAGGGAACAUCUCUGUCAGCCUCGUCCCCCCCACCAAGGCGGUGGAGUUCGACCUGGAGCAACAGAUCUUCAUCGAGGCCAAAGAAUCCAAAAUCUUCAACUGCCGCGUGGAGUACGAGAAAGUGGACCGUGCCAAGAAGACCACGCUCUGCACUUACGACCCGUCCAAGACCUGCUACCACGAGCACACCCAGAGCCACGUCUCGUGGGUCUGCUCGAAGCCCUUCAAAGUCAUCUGCAUCUACAUCACCUUCUACAGCAUAGACUACAGGCUGGUGCAGAAAGUGUGUCCUGACUACAACUACCACAGCGAUGUCCCCUACUACCCCUCGGGAUGA